AUGUGGAACGACGAGGAUAACAAUCCCUACGGGACCAGCUUCGACCGCCGCGACUCGCAGACGUCAUCCUCCAUAAAUCCGACCUCACCAACCUCUCGAGACUAUCGCUCUUUCGACGCUCCCCGGACACCCACAUCAGGCAGCGAAGAUGAUGAGCCUGUAUUCAGCCAAGCCUCGGUCGCAACACGCCGCGAGAGUCACCACGAUGUACCACCUCAGGAUGAGCCCGUGCAAAAGCGAAAGCCUGGAGGCUAUACCAGCCGAAUCGAGCAGAUUCUCUAUGAAAAUCCCAACAUGCCAAUUCUAAUCACCGAUGCUGGCAAGAGUCUGGAAAGUGGUGGUCGAUACAUAGUGUACACCAUCCGAACCGGGGAUUUAGAAGUUCGACGACGUUACUCCGAGUUCGCGUCGCUAAGAGAUGCUCUCACCCGGCUGCAUCCCACCCUCAUUAUCCCGCCAAUUCCUGAGAAGCACACCAUGGCCGAUUACGCUGCCAAACCAACCAGUGCCAAGCAAGAUCAGCAAAUAAUAGACCUUCGAAAGCGAAUGUUGGCAGUCUUCUUGAACCGCUGUCGCCGCAUGGACGCUAUCCGAGACGAUGGCGUCUGGUGGAGGUUUCUCGAUCCCAAUGCUAGCUGGAGCGAGGUGCUCCAUUCCCAUCCCGUUUCUUCCAUCCCCAAAUCCAUCCUCAAGGCUCCCCCGCUGGAUACCGCGAAUCCGACACCAGCGCAUAAUUUCCUCCCAGUCCCUUCCAGCUCAGCCAAGCUCAAGACGACUGCCGGAACGACAUAUGACAUCAACCCCUCCGUGCCACAGACGGGGACACACGUCAUUGGCCGUUUCCCGCCGGAUUCCACCACGCAGAGCGAACAGGAUCUAGACCCUUACUUCAUUUCCUACGAGGCUUCCAUCAAGGAGCUGGAGCAGCUUCUAAUGGGACCUAUGGAGAAGGUCAAUCGCCGAACUCUUUCACAUCUUUCAUCCCUUGCGGCAGAUCUCUGCGAGCUGGGCUCGCGCUACAACGCGUUUGCAUUGUCUGAACAAGCUCCUUCCCUCGGCCCGGCAAUUGAGCGAGUCGGUCAGGCUGCUGACUUGUCAUACAUUGCCACCGAGGAAUUGGCUGGGUCCCUCGGUGCAAGCUUUGCUGAACCAAUGAGGGAGAAUGCCCAGUUUGCUGGCGUCGUCAAGAGUGUGCUAAGAUACAGAGUACUCAAAAGAGUCCAGCAGGAUCUCACAACAGAAGAGCUAGCUAAGAAGAGGGGCCUGUUGGAACAGCUGGAACAAAGUGAGGCGGAAGCAAGACGAAUCGAACAAUAUCUGUCAAGCAGUCAACAAUUGUCGCCGCCGCCGAAGCGAUCAGCUAGUCUGAAAGAGCCGUCCACUCAAGCGAGACGCGAUACGGGACAAGAUGACACCGAAUCCAUUGACUCAGACUUUCCCCCAACGCAUGGAGAUUUCCCGCCAUCGACACCUUCAGCCAGCCAGGGCCUUCCCGAGCGGAGUGCUACGUACACCGACACCAUCGGCAAAACGCGGGAAUCGAUUGGUCAACUCGAGCAAGCCCAAGUGGUCUCGGAGCAGGAUGUCAAGGAGGCGAGUGCUAGCGUGCUAAAAGAUCUCAAGAGAUUCCAGAAAGACAAGGAAGAUGAUUUGAGACGAUACAUGCUUGCAUACGCGAAAAGUCAAAUCGAAUGGGCUAAGAAGAGCAAACAACAGUGGGAAGAAGCUCGAGCUGAAGUUGAGAAGAUAGAUGAAAACUAG